AUGGUGAACGCUCCUCCUUCGUCGUUUUCCAGACUUCCUCCAGAUCCGCCGCCGUACGAGUAUCCUCCGCUUGAAGCUUUUUCUCCCGUCGCUCCACCGGAACCUCCAGACCCUCCAGACGUCGUCCCUCUUGUGCCCUCCAGUGACUCUCCCUUCCCCUGUGGACGCUUAUUUCCUGUUGUGUGCAGGUCAUCUCCUUGUCAGGUCGUGGAAGGGUCUAUUCUCAGAUCUUGUCCCGACCUUCCACCCCACCCUCCUGUUACAGUCUUCCAAGUUCAUCAUAGCUUCCCUCUCUCCGCUUGCCUUUAUUCUGUUGAAUUGGUUGGAACGCGAGUUGUAUGGGGGACUUUGAACUUGGGGUCAAUGGUUUUAGUUGUUAAUGUUCCGAUAGACAGAGUUUCCGUCGGUUCUAUCUUUGUCGCCUUGGAGCGAUUUCUUCCUGCACUGGAAGAAAAACCUAAUGACAUAUGUUACCUAUUGAAUAUGAUCUUGACGGGUUUUGUUCUCCCGGUUGUCUCCUGUUUGGAGCUGUGUCUCUUCCCAAUAUUUCCUCUUGUAUGGAGUGAAUUGGAAGCUCAAGAGUUGCUGGUACUGAAAGGAUUUUCCUCCCAGCUAAUGCUCUCCUCUGCUGUUGAUGCAGUCUCUAUGAUCUUUUGGAUUACACUUGCCUUGUUGUAUUCUCCUCUAAUGGAGUUUAAACUCUUUUAA